GCGGUCGCCUUGGGCCUCUCACUUCCGCCCAGGUGAGGGAGGGCCGGCGGCGAGCCCUCCCGACCCAGGCUGCCACCCGCGCCUCGUCCGGACCAGGUGAUUUACAAGUGAUUGCAGGGUAGAAUUCAAAAUGCCUGAAAAUCCUGCUACAGAUAAACUGCAGGUCCUGCAGGUGCUCGAGCGACUGAAGGCAAAAUUGCAGGAGAAGGGUGACACGUCUCAGAAUGAGAAGUUAUCUAUGUUUUGUGAGACACUGAGGAGUCCUCUCUUCAACCAGAUCCUCACCCUUCAGCAGUCCAUCAAGCAGCUGAAGGGACAGCUCAGCCAUAUACCCUCGGAUUGUUCAGCCAAUUUCGAUUUUUCAAGGAAAGGCUUGUUAGUGUUUACAGAUGGCUCCAUUGCUAAUGGGAGUGCUCAUAGGGCCCCUAAUAACUUGACUGUUUCUGGAAUAUUUCCUUGGAGUCCAAAUUUGGGAAAUGAAGAAUUUAACUCGAUCAUUCAACAGAUGGCUCAGGGCCGGCAGAUCGAAUAUAUUGAUAUAGAGCGGCCUUCCACUGGAGGCCUUGGAUUCAGUGUGGUGGCACUUAGAAGUCACAACAUGAGACAAGUGGAUAUCUUUGUGAAGGAAGUGCAGCCGGGGAGUAUAGCGGACAGAGAUCAAAGAUUAAAGGAAAAUGAUCAGAUAUUGGCCAUCAAUCACAUACCCCUGGAUCAGAACAUUUCCCACCAGCAAGCAAUUGCAUUAUUACAGCAGACUGCUGGAUCUUUGCGAUUGGUUGUGGCCAGGGAGCCAUUCCACCCAAGAAACAGCACUUCUAGUUUGACAGACACUACCCUGCCUGAAACCGUUUCUUGGGGCCAUAUUGAAGAUGUUGAACUCGUUAAUGACGGCUCUGGACUAGGCUUUGGGAUAGUUGGAGGAAGAUCAAGUGGCGUGGUUGUGAGGACUAUAGUUCCAGGAGGGUUGGCAGAUCGAGAUGGAAGACUCCAGACAGGAGAUUAUAUCUUGAAGAUUGGUGGCACAAAUGUGCAGGGGAUGACGAGUGAGCAGGUUGCACAGGUUCUGAGGAACUGUGGAAACUCGGUCAGGAUGCUCGUGGCUAGAAACCCCAUUGGCGAAAUUUUGGUGACUCCUCCUACCCCUACGGCGCUGCCUGUUGCCCUGCCAGCUGGAGCCAACAGGAGCUCUGGUUCUGAUAAUUCUCUUUUUGAAACUUAUGAUGUCGAGCUCGUUAAAAAAGAUGGACAGAGUCUUGGAAUUAGAAUUGUUGGCUAUGUUGGUACAUCACAUUCAGGAGAAGCUUCUGGGAUCUAUGUGAAAAGUAUAAUACCUGGCAGUGCUGCGUACCACAAUGGCCACAUUCAAGUGAAUGACAAGAUAAUUGCCGUUAAUGGUGUAAAUAUUCAGGGUUUUGCCAACCAGGAUGUUGUUGAAGUAUUACGACAUGCUGGGCAGGUGGUACACUUAACAUUAGCUCGAAGAAAGACUUCCUCAUCUACUUACCCACUUGAACUACCUUCAGACAGAGGAAAUGUUGUAGAAUCACCAAAAUCACCAACUGUCUUUCUAACUGGAGCAGUGGAAACAGAAACUAAUUUGGAUGAUGAAGAUGAGGAAGUUGAAGAAAGAAUAAAUAAUUUAAAAAAUGACAACCUGCAAGCUUCGGAAAAACCAGAAAGAGCCCUGGACUCUGCAGAAAAUAACCUGAAAUCCAGAUGGGAAAGCCUCCUGGGCCCUGAUUACGAAGUAAUGGUGGUGACUUUGAACACACAGAUUGCAGAUGAUGCUGAGUUACAAAAAUAUUCUAAGCUUUUGCCUAUUCACACUCUGAGGCUUGGCGUGGAAGUGGAUUCAUUCGAUGGGCACCAUUACAUCUCUUCAAUUGUUCCUGGUGGUCCUGUAGAUACCCUGAGUCUCCUACAGCCAGAGGAUGAGCUGCUUGAGGUCAAUGGCGUGCAGCUCUAUGGAAAAUCUCGCCGAGAGGCUGUUUCCUUUCUUAAAGAAGUGCCACCUCCUUUUACCUUGGUUUGCUGUCGGCGAUUGUUUGACGAUGAGGCCUCAGUGGAUGAGCCGAGGACCAGUGUAUCCUGCCCUUCUGAGAAGGAGGUUGACCACAAUACAGAUGUCAAUGUUGAAGAGGAUGAUGAUGGUGAAUUAGCACUAUGGUCUACUGAAGUCAAGAUUGUAGAGCUGUUGAAAGAUCACAAAGGUUUGGGAUUCAGCAUUUUGGAUUACCAGGACCCGUUAGACCCCACAGGGUCAGUGAUUGUGAUCCGCUCCCUGGUGGCAGAUGGCGUGGCAGAACGGAGUGGAGAACUAUUACCCGGAGACCGCUUGGUUUCAGUCAAUGACCACUCUCUGGAAAAUGCCACACUGGCCGAAGCUGUGGAAGUGUUGAAAGCUGUACCGCCAGGCACUGUACGCCUUGGCAUCUGUAAGCCUUUGGUGGAAGAUGGUAAAGAAGAAAACUGUCAUAUUUUACAUUCAAGCAGUAAUGAAGAUGAGACUGAACCUCCAGAAACAAUUCAUGAUAUAAAUUCUUCUUUAAUACUGGAAGCACCCAAGGAAUUUAGAGAUGAGCCAUAUUAUAAAGAAGAAAUCGUGGAUGAACCAUUUAUAGAUUUGGGAAACACUUUCCAGUCCCAACCGAAAGAGACAGAGCACAGCGAAGAGGCCUGGGAAAUGCAUGAAUUUCUGACUCCUCAGUUGCAGGAUGCUGGUGAGGAAAGAGAAAUGCUUGUAGAUGAAGAAUAUGAGCUGUAUCAAGAUCGUCUUCAGUCCAUGGAGUUGUAUUCCUCAUCACGUCUUGAAGAAGCUAAUCCUGUACCCUCUGUGAAUGAGCUCCACUUUGAUACACAGUGGCACUGCAGUGAGCUGCCUGAGUCUCAUAAAGCAGGAUUGGCCAGGAAUAUGUAUUCCCAGGAGACACAGCCAUAUGGCUGUGACACUGAAAACAUGAUGAAAGAAAAUUUUGGCCUUGAUUCCCCACCAUCUUCAUCACCAACUAAAGGAAACGAUCAAGAAGAUAGAUUUGAUGACAUAGAAGACCUUAACACCUUGGCAAAAAGCAGUCUGAAUUUAGAGAUGGUGCUUCCAGAUGAUGUGCAGGAUCCUGGCAUGCUCGCUGACCUUCCUGCUGUGGCUCAGAGAGGGGAAGAAGAUGUGCCUUUAUACCAGCUCCCCAGGACUCGAAUCAUGUCAAAGGCCUCUGCACACACAGCGAUGUCUUCUAGAUAUGCCACUGAUGCCUGUGAGUUACCUGAGAGAGAAGAAGGUGAAGGAGAAGAAACCCCGACCUUCAGCCAUUGGGGUCCACCAAGAAUUGUUGAGAUUUUUAGAGAACCCAACGUGUCUCUUGGCAUCAGUAUUGUUGGGGGUCAGACCGUUAUAAAACGCUUGAAGAAUGGAGAGGAACUUAAAGGAAUAUUCAUCAAACAAGUUUUAGAAGACAGCCCAGCAGGAAAAACUAAUGCACUGAAAACUGGAGACAAAAUACUGGAGGUGUCGGGAGUAGAUUUGCAGAAUGCCUCGCAUGCAGAAGCAGUGGAGGCAAUCAAGAAUGCAGGAAACCCUGUGGUGUUCGUUGUACAGAGCUUGUCAUCCACACCAAGAGUCAUUCCUAAUGUGCAAAACAAAAUCUCGAAAAUCACCAAUGACCAACACCAAGAUAUACAAGAAAGAAAAGAAAAGAGGCGAGGAACUGCCCCACCUCCAAUGAAACUGCCUCCUCCUUAUAAAGUUCCAUUGGAAGACAACGAUGAGGAGAACGAAAAGGAACAUGCAUUUACUGACAAAAAAAUCAGGCAAAGAUAUGCUGACCUUCCUGGAGAGCUACAUAUUAUUGAGCUUGAAAAGGAUAAGAACGGACUGGGACUCAGCCUUGCUGGUAAUAAGGACAGGUCACGCAUGAGCAUAUUCGUGGUUGGGAUUAACCCAGAAGGACCUGCUGCAGCGGACGGACGAAUGCGCAUUGGAGAUGAGCUGUUAGAGAUAAACAAUCAGAUCCUUUAUGGAAGAAGUCACCAAAAUGCCUCCGCCAUUAUCAAGACAGCUACAUCCAAAGUCAAGCUGGUUUUCAUCAGAAAUGAAGAUGCAGUCAAUCAAAUGGCUGUUGCUCCAUUUCCAGUUCCAUCAAGUUCCUCAUCAUAUACUGAGGAUCAGAGUGGUCCAGAGCCUGGGAGUGAUGAAGAAGGUGAUGGUCUCGAAGUUGACGUUAAACCAUUGCCUACAAGUGAAAGCCCAAACCUGGUUGUUAGCCAGACGAAACAACAAAAACGUUCAACAAAAGUCUCCUUUGGUUCGCGGGAGGUAUCGUUAGCACCUGCUCCUUCGUCCCAAGCAGCAGAGGCCGACUACACGGGCUGCGGCGGCUUCCAGGCACCUCUGUCAGUGGACCCUGCAACAUGUCCCAUUGUCCCUGGCCAGGAAAUGAUUAUAGAAAUCUCCAAGGGACGUUCAGGACUUGGCCUCAGCAUCGUGGGAGGAAAAGACACACCUUUGAAUGCAAUAGUUAUACAUGAAGUCUAUGAAGAAGGAGCAGCAGCCAGAGAUAGGAGGCUUUGGGCUGGUGACCAGAUACUGGAGGUUAAUGGCGUGGACCUGCGGAACUCCAGCCAUGAAGAAGCCAUCACAGCUCUGAGGCAGACGCCGCAGAAGGUGCGCCUGGUGGUGUACAGAGAUGAGGCCCACUACAAGGAUGAGGAAAACCUGGACAUCUUCCCAGUGGAUCUGCAGAAGAAAGCAGGCCGUGGCCUGGGCCUGAGCAUCGUGGGGAAACGAAGUGGAAGUGGAGUGUUUAUUUCUGACAUCGUGAAGGGAGGAGCUGCGGACCUGGACGGGAGAUUGAUUCGGGGAGAUCAGAUCUUAUCUGUGAAUGGGGAUGACAUGAGGAACGCCUCUCAGGAGACUGUGGCCACCAUCCUCAAGUGUGCACAGGGGCUUGUGCAGCUAGAGAUCGGAAGACUCCGAGCUGGGUCCUGGGCCUCCUCGAGGAAGACCUCGCACAACAGUCAGGGUGAGCACAGCGGCAGCCGGCCUUCACUGGCUCCUGUCAUCAGCGGCCUGCAAAACCUGGUCAGCACAAAACGGUCUUCAGAGGCAUCCCAGAAAAGCUCAGGCACAGAUAUGGGACCAAGGACUGUUGAGAUCAUCAGGGAGCUCAGUGAUGCCCUUGGAAUCAGCAUUGCUGGAGGAAAAGGAAGUCCCUUAGGAGAUAUCCCGAUAUUUAUUGCCAUGAUUCAGGCCAAUGGAGUGGCCGCUCGGACACAGAAGCUUAAAGUUGGAGAUCGGAUUGUCAGCAUUAAUGGGCAACCUCUGGAUGGGCUGUCUCACGCAGAUGUGGUUAAUCUGCUGAAGAACGCCUACGGACGCAUUAUCCUGCAGGUUGUGGCAGACACCAACAUCAGUGCCAUAGCUACUCAGCUUGAGAACAUGUCUGCAAGCCACCACCUCGGCUCGCCCGUGGCCGAGCACCAUCCAGAGGGCUCAGAAACACCUCCACCUAAGAUUAUUACUUUGGAGAAAGGCUCUGAAGGAUUGGGGUUUAGUAUUGUAGGGGGUUAUGGAAGUCCCCAUGGAGACCUGCCAAUUUAUGUCAAGACUAUAUUUGCAAAGGGAGCAGCUGCAGAUGACGGCCGAUUAAAGCGAGGUGAUCAGAUUCUAGCUGUUAAUGGCGAGACCCUGGAAGGUGUUACUCAUGAGCAAGCUGUCGCCAUCCUAAAACACCAGAGAGGGGCUGUAACCUUGACCGUGCUGUCCUGAGCUUCAAGCCCUCAUCACAGGAUAGCUGUCUAGAACAUUCAUUGGUCUGCUGUUUCCUUUUGGGAGAAAGAGAGAAAAAAAUAUAUAUAUAUAUAUACAUAUAUAUAUAUAUCCAUUAGAAGAUGAAGUUCUGGGUGGAGAUGCAGAACAGUCUUGAUAGUUCCACUUGGCUCUUCACGUCUCAUCGUCUCUGCUCGGGAGAGAUGGCUGAGGUUUCCAUUGUAUCCUCAAACACAAAAUCACCUGACUCGUGUUUCUCACCUGUCACUUCUUCAUGAGGUUGCUGUCUAAAACUGGAAUGAGUAUUUGUUUUACAUUCAACAUUGGUGUUUUCCAACUGGUAAUAACUGAUUCUGAUUGUAUUUGCUAAAACUAGAGUUAACAACCUCUCAUUCCUUAUACGGCCCCUCCCCAUCCCCUAAUUAUGCCGAGACUUAACAGCAACCUCAGAUUUCAUCCAGUGAACAAAAACAAAUGUUAAGCAACUUGUCAUCUCACCCAUGAUUUACUUACGCUAAUUGUCUCUUCAAGUAAGCCAGAGAACAUUAGCAGUGUAAUUAACUUACCCGUGAUUCCCGGGAUGAAACCCCAUACUCUCCUGUGGGAAAUUACUGUGUUGCUCUCAGUGUGACUUAUAGUCAAAUCAGUCUCAACUUCAUUUCUCUGAUUAGAUCUGUGUAUGUUUGUCAUUGAUGAUUUUGAUGAGUCAAUUUGCACGCUGUGAUCGCCUUAGAAUUCUAAAAGGCUUUCUAAUUGUUCUCUGAGCCACAGAAAUGUUGUACCCUGGAGCAAAUGCACCUCGUUCUUAACACGGAACACUAGCCUCCUACUGCGGAUGCUGAUCCUGCUGACCCAUGUGGCAGUUCAGGAAGCUCCUGUAGAGUUAACGGCAUCGCUGCAGGCAGGCAUCAUCCCCGUUUCCAUCUUAAAUGAGGAGCUGGCAGCCCCAGCAGCACCCUGCCCUCCAGUCAGAAGUCGCUGUGACCUUGGUUGGGCAGAACAGAGAGAGACAUGUCUGGUGGUCCCUCGCUUUGCCCCCAGGCCCACAAGGCCAGCAGCACAGGUUGCACUGUGCCAAUGUUAGGAUGAUGUUUCCAGGGUUCUUGCUGGAGUUUUCCAUGCCAAGAAUGCACCUACAGUAGAACAUGGAAGAAUGCUUUUAAUGUUAUAGGAGAGAAAUGGAAAUGAACGAAAAAUACCUUUAACGUUGAUUAUGGAUGUUGUUAUUCAUGAAUUAGCGAAAACGCUGGGAAGUGCUUCUCAGUGAUUGUCACAGGGUCCUCUGUGAGAAAAGAAGGGAACGCUGAAGGAUGGGGCCCAGGCUCAGGGCAAGGAGCAGCUCAGCUCGUUCCAGCCACAGCACGGCGCUGGGAGAGGUCAGCCAUUUCCAAGACUUAAUGGGCUCCGAUUUAAGAUGUUAGUAAGCAGAGAUUUUUACCUGAGAAUUAUCUCUGAAUAGACACAAUCACAAAGUGCAUUAACUCUUGUUGAAAUAUUUUGUGGCUAUUCCAAAUAUAUAGAGUGCCUAAGUUUUAUGUUGAAAAUGUCUUUCGUGACUGGUGUUAAGCUUCUGAAUAAACACACGGCUUUUGAAAUUUCUAACUCUACCCAAGAUGUGGGGUGUUAGCUCCUCGUCCUGCAGGGCCUGAGGAGUUACCAGCCCGUGAAUGUUCUGUGUUAAUUGUAGCUUCAAGAACGUUUUACACAGGAAGGAUCAGAUGAAGUCCAAAUGAAACUUGAAAAAUGCACCUUUUAAAUAUAUAUACACACACACAUAUAAUAAUUUUGCAAUGUGAUUCUGCUUGACUUUGAUGGAAUGGCCAUUAAAAGCACAUUUUGAA